GAGAGAGGGAAAUUGGCAGUCGGCCCUGUCCGCCGGCGGCGGAGGAGCGCAACAGGGGAAACACGUGAAAAAGACCUUCUUGGCAGACGCCCUGCUUUGCAGUUGGUGCCCGUGCUGGUGCCGUCAUUGGCGCGUGGACCAGGCGGCUCUGCAAACCUUUUGCAUUUUUGCAUUGGCAGCAGUGACCGUGCGUCAUGGCCAAGCAACAGUAUCGCGAUGACCAGACACCAAAGAAGAUCUCCCACAUCCAGUUUGGUUUGAUGGACCAUUAUGAGAUGCAACGCCUGUCCGAAGUGCGCGUCUAUUCCAAAGAAUUCUACACCGGCCUGCCGGAUCGCAAGCCUGCGCCGUUUGGGCCUUUGGAUCGACGAUUGGGUGCGUUCGACAAGAGUCUGGACUGUGCCACCUGCUCACAGAACCUUCGGAAAUGCGAGGGCCACUUUGGACAUAUUGAGCUUGAGCUCCCUGUUUUUCACGUGGGCUUUUUCAAGGCCACCCUCUCCUGCCUUCAGCGCAUCUGCAAGUCUUGCAGCCGCGUCAUGCUCUCCCAUAAGCAAGCCACCGUUUUCUUGCGUCGCUUGCAAGACCCCAACCUCGAACGCGGCCCUCGAGCUGCCAUCAUCAAAGAAGUUGGCGAUCAGUGUCGCAAAAACGCGGCUUCCUGUCCACAUUGCUCGGCCUGCAAUGGUGUUGUAAAGCGCCCCAAGAACUCUGUCUUGCGCAUCGUCCACGAACGCUUUACCAAGAAAAACAACAGGCUGCGCGAAGCUCACCACCAGCUCUUUCAAGAAGCGGCCAGCGAGGUCAAAGACUUGAGCGCUUCUCUCAAGGCGGACAAGGUUCAGGAUGAACUCAACCCGCUUCGGGCCUUGCAACUUCUCCGCGCCGUGCCCGACCAGGACUGCCCCCUCCUGGACAUGGAUCCCUUCUGUGGUCGCCCCGAAAAACUCAUUUUGACAAAUCUCAUUGUUCCUCCUGGAGGCAGUGGCUCCAAUGAAGACCCUCUUACCACGGGUCUAGCAGCAAAGCGCGUCGAAGAUGCUGGUGGUCAGAAGAUUGAGCGCAUCAUGCAGACGUGGGAGGCGCUUCAAGUCCACGUGGCGCUCUAUUUCAAUGGCGACCUUCCCGGACUUCCCAAAGACCUCAAGCCGAAGAAGGCACCACGUGGCUUUUACCAGCGGCUCAAGGGCAAGCAGGGACGCUUUCGUGGCAACUUGUCGGGCAAGCGAGUCAACUACUCGGGCCGUACCGUCAUUUCCCCCGAUCCAAAUGCCAGCAUCGACGAGGUGUGCGUGCCUUAUCACGUUUGUAAGAUCCUGACCUACCCCGAGAUGGUCAACGAUUACAACAUCCAGCGUCUGCGCGCUGCUGUGGAGAACGGCCCCGAUAACUACCCUGGCGCCGUGUUGCUGGAAAAGUCACGCGACAAGCGCACCUAUGACUUGGCCCACUGCAACCGCCAAAAGUCGGCUCGCGAGCUGGCCAAGGGCGACAUUGUGCGGAGGCACUUGAUUGAUGGUGACUACGCUCUUUUCAACCGCCAGCCCUCUCUUCAUCGCAUGAGUAUCAUGUGUCAUCGGGUCAAGGCUCGUCCGUGGCGUACCUUUCGCUUCAACGAGUGCGUGUGCAAGCCGUACAAUGCUGACUUUGACGGUGACGAGAUGAACCUGCACGUUCCUCAGACGGAGGAGGCCAAGGCCGAGGCUGCGCUGCUGUUGCGCACCACGCACAACCUGUGCACGCCAUGCAAUGGCGAGCCGCUCAUUGCGGCGUGCCAGGAUUUCAUCACGGGGUGCUUUCUCAUCUCCCAAAAAGACACGUUCUUCACCAAGGCCAAGGUCAUGCAGAUGGUGUGCGCUUUUAGCGAUGGGUCGCUCAAGAUCAGCCUGCCAGUGCCCGCCAUCGUCAAGCCCGUGGCCAUGUGGACUGGCAAACAAGUCUUUAGCAUGAUGAUGCGCCCGAGCAAGGAUGAUCCGCAUCAAGUUGACUUGACGGAGAAGAACAAGAGCUUUGACAAAAACUACGAGAAAUCGGAAGUCAAGAAGCUUGGCCGCGAUCUGACGAUUGGCGAACGCUCACUCUGUCCCGAAGACGGCUUUGUCAUCAUUCGUUCCUCGCGUCUUCUUUGUGGGUUUUUGGAUAAGGCGAAUGUGGGCGAGAGCAAGAGCACCAUCUUCUAUCGCCUCUUGCGCGAUUACAGUGCCCAAGCAGCAGUCGAUGGUAUGCUGCGCAUGACCAAGUUGACGACUCGCUACCUCAUGGAGCGCGGUUUCUCCAUUGGCUUGGAGGACGUUACUCCGCCGCAAGAGCUGACCGAUGAGAAGGCCGUCUUGAUCAAGACGGCGUUUGACAAAUGCAGUGGCUACAUUGCCGAGUACAAGUCGGGCCGGAUUGAAUGCCAGCCAGGCCAGUCAGCUGAGGAAACCCUCGAAUCCUUCAUUCGUAAAGAUCUCAACCAGGUCCGUGAGGAGGCUGGUAGCCUGUGUCGUAAGGUGCUUUCCCCUUACAACGCCCCCAAGAUCAUGGCCAAAUGUGGCUCCAAGGGCAGUCCCAUUAACAUGGCUCAGAUGAUUGCCUUGGUCGGGCAGCAAAUUUUGAACGGCUCGCGUGUGCCCAACGGAUUUGAGGACCGCCCUUUGCCGCACUUUCGACGAUUCGCCAAGGUCCCCAUGGCCAAGGGCUUUGUUGCCAACAGCUUCUACACGGGCUUGACCCCGGCUGAAUUCUUCUUCCAUACCAUGUCUGGUCGUGAAGGUCUGGUUGACACGGCCGUGAAGACCGCCGAGACCGGCUAUAUGCAGCGUCGUCUUAUGAAGGCACUCGAGGACUUGGUCGUGCACUAUGAUACCACCGUUCGCAACUCCUCAGGCCACAUGAUCCAGUUUUGCUACGGCGAUGAUGGCCUGGAUCCUCAAGGCAUGGAGACGGAUGACUGCGCUGUGGAUUUGGAGCAUCUCUUUGUGCACGUCUUGGCCUCGGACCGCGAUGGCCCCCCACCUGUGACGCUGCAACCUGCUGCUGUGAUUUCGACAUUCGAGUCUAUUUUGAAGGAGCAGGACUUGCGUGACUACGAUCAUCCAUAUUGCCCACUGGGCUUGGAUGUGUCAGCAGACAAGGAGCAUUUCUUCCUCAACCAGCUGCGCGUCUUUUUGGAGAAGCGGGCACAGCAGCUGGCAGAGAUUCGGCAACGCAUUGGCUUGGCACCAGCCCUCGAGGCCCCUGCUGAAGAUGACCCCGCCAAGCGUCACUUGGUGAACAACUUGAUGAGUGUGACACGUGAGGACAUGCGUAUUUUUGUGGAGAAGGCUCUCUUCAAGUUCCGUCGGACAGUGGUGGAGCCCGGCACGGCUGUGGGCGCCAUCGGUGCCCAGAGUAUUGGCGAGCCGGGCACGCAGAUGACUCUCAAAACCUUCCAUUUUGCUGGUGUCGCGGCCAUGAACGUGACGCUGGGUGUGCCUCGUAUCAAGGAAAUUAUCAACGCCGCCAAGAACAUUAGUACACCUGUCAUCACUGCCAAGCUGGAGAAUGAUCGGGAAGAGUCGUUUGCGCGUCAAGUCAAGGCGCGCUUGGAGACGCUUACGCUCGGCGAGGUGGCGGACCAUUUCGACGUGGUGUGCAAUGAGGAUGGGGGUUACGUUCGUGUCAAGCUCAACCUCAAGGUGAUCCAGCGCAAGCAUUUGGAGGUGACGAUGAACACUAUCAUCGACUCUAUUGCAGCCAGUCGCCUCACCAAGAUCAAACACGAGCAUUUGUCGGUGAUGAGCAGUGAGGUGUUCCAGGCGGUGCCCGUGUGUGACAGCAAGACCGUAGCCAACCGGGUGCAUGCUCUGCGCCACCUGGCCAAUGUGCUGCCAAACUGCGUCAUUACCGGUCUGCCAGGCAUUCGGCGCGCGAUUAUUGCCAAGGAUCCCAACGAAGGCACUUUCAGCAUCGCCAUUGAUGGCACUGAUCUUAAAGGCGUCAUGGCUACACCCGGCGUCAUUGGCACGACAGUCGAUUGCAAUCACGUCAUGGAAUUGGAGCAGACCCUCGGUAUCGAAGCAGCCCGAUCCAUCAUCAUGGACCAAGUGCAGUAUGUCAUGUCCAACUACGGUAUCCACAUCAACCCGCGCCACACAAUGCUCAUGAGCGAUCUCAUGACGUUCAAGGGUGAGGUGCUGGGCAUUACGCGCUUUGGCAUUGCCAAGAUGAAAGAGUCGGUCUUUAUGCUGGCUUCUUUCGAGAAGACAACGGACCAUCUCUUUGACGCUGCACUACGCGGCACAACGGAUAGCGUGGACGGCGUGUCCGAGUGCAUUAUUCUGGGUGUGCCGAUGCGCAUUGGCACUGGUCUCUUCAAGCUGUUGCACGAGACCAAGGUUGAAGAACAACCCAAGCGCCGCCCGCUUUUGUUCGAUCAGGAGCAGUUUCACCCGUCUUUGCCCAAGCGAAGCCAAUAGUAGCAGCCUUGUGGCCGGACCGACACUAGAAUUCAGCUAAUCUUC